AUGAAGAGAAAGCUUUAAAAAUUGUCAUUGUUUAAAGAAAUAGAUGAAUUUAAUCAAAAGGAUAGUGAUGGACAUUAGAGUGAUGACUCCUCUACUUCUGAUGACUUUUUAAAUUCUACAUUUGAAGCAUAUGGUAUAUCUUUGAUGAUAAAACUUAGAAUCUCAAAUAUUUAUAAGCAGCAAUCAAACUCCAAUUCAUUCCGAGCAGUUACAAUUCAUAUAAGGGGUAUUCGAUAAAUCAGAAGAGAGCGAGCAAUCAUUUUAUUUCAAUAUUACUAAUGUAUUAAAUCAAGCCUAUUAUAGAUUGAAGGAGAUAACAGAACAACUUUGAUGAUAAGAAAUAUUCCCCAAAAUUAUACAAAAGAAAUGCUAAUGAUGGAAAUUGAUCCAAAAUUCAAAAAUAAAUUUGAUUAUUUCAAUUUACCUUUUGAUGGAACUGCUAAUCCUGGCUAUGCAUUCAUCAAUCUCAAAUCAAAAUCAUAUGUUAAAGACUUUUAUAAUUAUUUUAAUGGCAAAAAAUGGAACACAAAUCCAUAUACUAAAGUAACUAAAUUGAAUUAUAGCAUUAGCCUUGCUAUUUAAAAUAUGCCAAAAUAUAACAUAAGAAAUUUAAAUAAAUAAAUCCAUAAAUAUAUUUACAACAAAGCAGUGUUAUCAAACUUAUUUAAAGUUAGAAAUUAUAAUGCAGUUUGUGA